CCUUUUAUUCAUCUCCUUCUUCUUUCCCUCCUCCCGAGCCUUAGAUUUUUGUGUGGGGGACCUGUCAUUGCCCCCGGGACCGGCGGGCUUCCCUUGCAAGAAAUCGGUGGGCAUCAAUGACUUCGUUUACUCCGGCCUAGCAGCGGCCGGAAACACCACUAACAUCAUCAAAGCCGCAGUCACCCCAGCCUUUGACGUUCAAUUUCCGGGCGUCAACGGUCUAGGGCUGUCUAUGGCCCGACUUGAUUUGGCCGUAGGCGGUGUCAUUCCCCUCCACACGCAUCCCGGAGGGUCGGAGAUCCUCAUGGUCACUAAAGGGUCAAUCUGUGCCGGAUUCGUAUCGGCCCUUGAGAACAAGGUAUACUUCAAACAGCUUCACACGGGGGAUGUCAUGGUUUUCCCUAUGGGAUUACUUCAUUUCCAAAUAAACUCUGGGAAAACUGAAGCUGUGGCCGUAGCUGCCUUCAGUGCCCCAAACCCAGGCCUUCAAAUCACAAGUUUCGCUUUGUUUAUGAAUGAUUUGCCGACAGAAACCGUGAAUGCUGUUACUUUCAUUGAUGUUACUCAAAUCAAGAAGCUCAAGGGUAUCCUCGGUGGCAAGAAUUGAUGGAGGGAAAUCGUUCUUUUGAUCAUAAAUCUACUACCACUCCAAAUAUUUCUAUAGUCAAUUAAGAGUGUAUCUGGAGUAGCUUAUUGUAUUAUUAGAGCUUGUUUUGUCAUAAGUGUUCUUUCAUUCAAGCACUUAAAGUGCUUUUAUGAUAAACACCAACUUGUUUUUUCCACUUAAUAAUUAAAUAAGCGUAAAGAGUGUUUUUUGUUGUUAAUUUAAUUUGUGUUUCCUCGGCCCGGACCAAAUUAAAUGUUUUUUUAUUAAGCGAAAGUAAUCCGUUUCCUAAAAGCAGUACUAAUUCAUUCGAAGUCUUUCAUAAUCUAAUAGAAGUCCUCACACUUGAUUGACUUGAAAAGGGGUGGAUACACCACAUAACACACCAAGUAAAUUACUCCAUAUUAAGUAAAUUGUACAGAGUAGGACUUUUUAAAUAAUUGUAGGAUGAUUUUAAAAAAUUCUACUUUACGUGUUAGGAGGAUGUUAAAAUAUUCUGCAUUUCUUUUAAGUGAUUGUGAUGGAUAGUGUACCCGGAGUAGCUUAUCCGAG